GGUGGUUCAACUGAAAAGUUGUUGUAGCUAGCCAGGCAUUAUGGCAGAGUACACUCUGAAAGUGACCACAGGAAGCAUGCUGUAUGCAGGCACAUUUGAUAACUUGUAUGUUACCCUGAUCGGUACUGAAAGGCAAUCGGAGCGCACUCAGUUGACGAGUUUGGGAUUGGAUGAUACAAAUGGAAAGGUGGGAACGUUUGCUGUGACUACACUUUUUACGUUGGGAUGUCUUCUCUUCCUAAAAAUGGAGAAAGAUCCUUUGGCAAAGGAUUGGUUUUGCUCCACAAUAGUGGUGACAACACCUGAGGGGGAUGAAAUGAUUUUCCCCUGUCACCGUUGGCUUUCCAAGGGGGAUAUUGUGUUGUUGAGAGGGGGAAGAGCUACAAAGGCUUUUGAAGAUCUCCAUCCUAAACUAGUAGACCAACGGAAAAAAGAAUUGGUUCAACAAAAAAUAAAUUACAAAUGGGCUGUGUAUGCAGAAGGAUUGCCAUACAUGGUGGACAUCAAAGAUGAGAAUGCUCUUCCUGCAGAAAGUAGGUUGUCAUUCUCAAGAGCCUUUGAACUCCAAAACACAUUAAAAGAAAUAUAUGCUGAGUUCGAACUAAAAGGUCUGACAGAUUUGAAUCAGCAGUUUGAAAGCUUUGAGGCCUUAAAGAUGGCCUCAUUGGUUAAAAAGACACCAAUGGCAGAGUAUGUGUCGGAGCACUGGAAGGAUGACGACUUUUUUGGAUACCAGUUUCUCAAUGGACUCAACCCCUUCAUAAUUCAACGUUGCUCAAAGCUGCCAUCCAACUUCCCCUUAACAGAGGAAAUGGUUCAACCUUUUUUGGCCAUAGGAAGUUCUUUGAAUGCAGAGAUGAAGAAGGGCAAUAUAUUCCUUAGUGAUUACAAGAUCAUGGAAGGUCUUGCCACAAAAGUUAUUGAUGGUAAACCCACUGUGGUGACUCCUGCUCUCUGCCUGCUGUACCUAAAUCCACAGAAGAAACUACUCCCCAUUGCAAUUCAGCUCAGUCAGCAACCUUCAGAGGAGAACCCAAUUUUCCUGCCUACCGACUCGGAGUCUGACUGGAUGCUGGCCAAAAUGUUUGUAAGGAGUGCAGAUGCCCUCCAUCACGUAUUAGUCAGUCAUUUUCUGAGGACUCAUCUACUGCCAGAAGUGUUUACAAUGGCGACACUUCGCAACCUCCCAAAGAAUCACCCCCUGCACAAGCUGCUGACCCCCCAUCACCGAUUUACCAUUCCUAUAAACAUACUUGCUCGUGAGACUCUUCUCAGCCCUGGUACAUUAUUUUCAAAGAGUUCACUUGAUAAAGAGGGACAACUAGAACUAAUGAGAAGGGGGCUCUCCAGAACGACCUACAGCUCCCUCUGCCUGCCGGAAAACAUCGCAGCUAGAGGACUGGAGUCCAUCCCCAACUUUCAUUUCAGAGAUGAUGCACUGAGGCUGUGGAGCAUCAUCAACAGCUUCAUCCAGUCAAUGGUGGCAUACUAUUAUCCAUCUGACAGUGAAGUGUCUACAGAUUCUGAGCUCCAGGAAUGGAUCAAUGAGAUAUUUUAUUAUGGAUUUCUGGGGAAUUAUGACUCAGGAUUUCCUUCAAGCCUUCAGACUGUGGAGGAACUUAUCCAGGUUGUCACUACAGUGGUCUUCACGUCAUCAGCUUCACAUUCUGCAGGGAACCGUGGACAGUUUGACCAUCUAGGUUGGAUUCCCAAUGGUCCACUUAUCCUGAACAAAGCUCCUCAAACUACAAAGGAACAGUCAAGCAUGGAGGACAUCUUGGCAUAUCUGCCCAAAAAAUCAAGCGCAAUACUUGUAAUGUCAUAUACAUGGCUGUUCAGGGGGAAUUUCAGUGAUUUUGAGCCCCUCGGUACUUAUCCUGAGCAACGCUUUGCUGAGCCUGCAGCCUUACAGAUGAUCGAAGAUUUUCAAGCAGAGCUGUCCUCCCUCAGUGUGGCUAUAACCAAGAGGAACUCAAAGCUUGAGCAGCCUUUUAAUUAUUUGAACCCAAAAGAAAUUGAAAACAGUCCAGGAAUUUAAUCUUGGUAUUUGACCAAGAAAAUACUUUAAACUGUGGCUCAAAUAAACAACCUGCCGUCGCUUUGUUGUCCAAUGUA